AUGACUUAUAAAUGAGCGUUGGAGUACCCGAAGCAUCAGAGCAGUUCGAAAAUCGGUUCAGAUAUCAUCUCGACAUGAACGGGUUAUUAAUAAUUGCUUUUGUGGCUGCGGCCUGCAUUGGACUGAGUGAAGCCGCCGAUCCCUUCGCCGGGAUAACUCGCUUGAAGAACCAGGUGAAAUCUACCUCCAGUGAUAUUCAACGAUACGGCAAUAACAUUGCAUCGCAAACGAAAUCGAAAUUGAGUAAUUUGAAGAUCAACCAGAUGCAGAAUGUCAAUGGCGCUGUUAACCCGGCUCUUGACCAAAUUCGAAGCGACAUAGCAGCUGCGAAAAAAGACGGAAAGAAUGCGGAUCACUGCUACGAACCCUCUCGAAUGCAACUUCGUGAUGCAUCUAAUACAGUAUUUAAACAGCUGGACAAGUGUGUUAAUGAUGCAAUGGAGCCUCUGAACCCUGUUGUAAGCAACAUCGCUUCACACGUGACGAGGGGGCAACUUCUUCUCUCGGAACUCGACGGCAUCGCCCUGAGCUGUGUGUCCGGCAAUGCCCUCCAGGUCCAGAUGUGCGUUGUCCAGAAAAUGCCGGCGGCUAGUGCCUCAGUCAAUUCCUACAAGUCCACGGCGAGUCAACUCAAAAGCACGGGAGAUUCAAUCGCCAAUUCAGCCCCAGUGUCCGCCACCAGGUGUUUCCAGCAGCCCAUGAGUGACCUGUACUCAGCUACGUCGGCAGCCAGGACAUCCGCCACUCAGUGCAUCAACAACGCUUAAUACUCUAGUUAAAUUUACAGCGUAGAACUUUUUCUAAUUUUUUCAUGAAAUACAUUUUUUUACAAACGUAUAAUCAAGUCAGGAUAUUUUUGACGGCGACUAAUUUAUCUGAGAUUCCCAUGCAUGGGAAAAUUUAAUAGAAAGACUCUAUUAAGAAUAACUAUUUUGUAAUUUUUCAUGCAAUAAACCAUUUCGAUAAACGUCCGGACAAUUAA